AUGAACAAGAGGAGGGUCAUCCUAACAAUCACAAAUGACAAAGCUAAGGAGAUUUCAACAAACAACAACGAAGUUCAAGGAGAUCGGAGCUGGAAUUCAACCAUGGACUGGACUGAACUUCCAGGUGAUACAGUUAUUCAACUUUUUUCUCUUCUGAAUGAUCACGAUAGAGUGAAUUUAUCAUCUGUCUGUCAAAGUUGGUGGUCUCUAGCUGCCUCUCCAUGCUUAUGGCGGUCCCUUGAUCUUCGAGCGCGCAAAUUUGAUAUCUCUACAGCCACAUCUCUUGCUUCUCGAUGUUCUUCCCUUCAGAAACUUUAUUUUGAAGGAGAAGAAUCUGCUGAGGCCAUAAUCAGUCUCAAAGUAAGGACUUUGAUUCAGCUAAGUGGAAACUUUUAUGGGAGAGUUAAUGACGUAACUUUAUCUAAAAUUGUAGAUAUGAAUAAGUUACUUGAAAUCAUUGAAUUCGGUUCUAGCUAUUGUACUGGAAUCAGUAGUGAAGGAAUCAAAUCAAUUGCUAUGUGCUGUCUUAAUCUCAAGAAGCUUUGGCUUUCAGGCCUGAAAGAGGUUAACUCGAUAGCGAUUAAUGCUCUAAGUAGCAAUUGUCACAGUUUGGUAGAAAUUGCGUUUACGGAUUGUGGAAAAGUGGACGAGAUAGCGCUGACAAAUCUCGUAUCAGUUCAGUUUCUCUCAAUUGCUGGAACAUAUCGGUUGAAUUCAUAUCUUGUUAUAGAGCAUUGGAUUAAGUUUGAAAACUUGUUGGCACUGGAUGUUUCGAGAACAGAUAUUAGUGCAAAUGCUAUUGAUAGAUUACUUUCCUAUUCUCCAACUUUAAAGGUAUUAUGUGCUUUUGAUUGUGAGGAAAUGGAGCAAGAUAUUAAUUUUAGACCUAAAAAUGAAAUGGGUAUAAAGUUGAUAUCCAUUCUAACUUACACAUCCACAUUGUUGGAUUCUCAAGAUAUCAUGAUCAUGCCUUGGAUUGAACAAGUUUUAUCGCGUUGCCUUCUUCAUUUUGCAAUUACAAAUCAUCUUCCAGUGAGAUAUUUUUGGCUUUAUGGAGGUAUAACUUUUAUAACUAAGUUUUUAAAAAGUUCGGAAGAGGAGGUACAAGAAAGGGCAAUUAGAAUAAUUCCAAAAUUUGCGACACUUAAUUUUAAAGAGGAGGACGAUGAUGCAGUUAUUGAUCAACGAGUAGAGGCAAUAGUAGAUUGGGUAACAAUUUUUUUAAAUCUAGUUAAAUCAUCCGGCGAAGGAGUUAAAUUAGAGGUGGCUAAGGCAAUAAAUAUAUUGUUUUCGAGUGAAGAAUUUGCGAGUGUGACAGUCAAAAGAGGGAUGGAAGUUCUAAUGAAAUUGCUCGAGUCUAGUAGUAAAUUAAUCCUUGAAGAGGCUAGUAAUGCAUUAAGGUGUUUGCGUGAAAUGGUGCCAAAGAAUCAAUAUAAGACAAAUAUUAUUGGUACACUAGCAAUUAUGACAUCAGAUGAAAGAAUAAACGUGGAAAUUAGCAGAAAUGGUUGCUUAGAUGUACUCGUGGCUAUUACUCAAGAUUGUGUGUUUGUUGGAGUAUUGGAGCAGGUUGUUUGUGUCUUUGCUAACUUGAUAGGAAAUACACAUACAAAUGACAACGAUAUAAUAGUUGGAUACAAAUUACGUGCCCUUCAAGCACUUGUACAACUCAUUCAUUCAACAGAUAAACAUACACGUCAAGAAGCUGUUGAGGCACUUAGUAAUUUGUCUUUUGAUGAAAGGAACCGAGAAGCAAUUGUAGCUGUUGAUGGCGUUGAAACUUUGGAUAUACAUGUCACUAUAAUGGGAACCCUUUGGAAUCUCGUAUUCAAACCGAAAAUAGCUCUUCGUGUAGUUGAAAAAAAGGGGAUUCAAGUUCUUGUUCGCAUUUGUCUGGUUUCCGGAUCUGAACUAGCACGAUUCUUAGCUAUUUUAGUAAUGGCUUACAUUUUUCAUGUCCUCCCAGAAGGAUGCAAAUACACUAUAAGAGAUUCAUCUAAUGAACCAACAAAGACUUUAAGGAUUGGAAUGAAGCAUAUUGAAGAUUUUAUUAACAGCUUCUUGGAUGAUGAAACACUUAAAUGUGAUGAUUUAUCUUUAAGAACUAUCGAUUUGUAUCGAGUUGUCGAGUUUGCUCGUAUACAGGAUGUGCAUAAACUGAAAUGCAGUGGAGCCGAAAUUGCACGUUUUGUUGACAUGUUAGGAAGUUCAUAUUCCUCAAUUAAGUCCUGCGCUGCAUUCGCUUUAAUGCAGCUUACUGCAUCAGGUUACAAGAAUAGAGUGCAUCAUAUUCGUCUUAUAAACGACAAGAAAACGGUUAGGAUUUUGCGGUCGACAUUCCUAUGUUGGAGUGCACCUCUUGCGGCCAAGAUUUUUUCUAAAAUAGUAAUUCGCAAUUUGAAUUAUGAUAAACAGUUGUUGAAAUGGUUUAUGCGUGGUUGA